UGCGCGGCAAGGCUUCAGUCACAGACGUGUUUGGACAAGUUGUGAAGCAGCUGAGACUUGCCGCACAAACAAAAGCAACAAGCAAGCAAGCGAGAGGUGAAGCAAGCAAGAAGCCAUACCACACACACACACAACACAGUCGACGCGAGUGCCAACAACAACGCCAGCGAUGAGUUUGUUUGAGCAGUACAAGAGUGAGAGGGGCGCGGAGGGCCGAAAGGCCAGCGCUGCUCGCCCUUCUUCUUCGUCGUUGUCAUCUUCUCCUUCGGCUUCUGCGGCGUCGUCAUCAUCGCCGGCGGGUUCGUUGGACGCGUUUGCGAGGAACCACCAGCGCGCAAAGCAAGCUGCGUUCCACCAAGGCAAGACAACGUCCAUGUACGGCAAAGCCAAGGUGAUUGCUGGCGGACACAAGAACCAAAGCAGCAGCAGCAGCAGCAGCUAUGGUCUGCGCAAGGCACAGCACCUGAAAGCCAAAACGUCGCCACCAACGGGAGCUGCUGGGCAGCAAGGUAAGGUGCGGCGCUCUGUGGCCAAGCCCACGUUGCAGCUGGAACAGCACCUGACGGUGCUGCGUGAUUUCGAUCUCAACUCGGAGUUUGGGCCUUGCGUCGGCAUCACGCGCAUGGAGCGGUGGAAGCGUGCACAAGCCUUUGGGCUCAACCCGCCCUUGAAGAUUAAGCAGAUCCUGGAACAACACCCGGGCAACGACGACUACCAACAAUCGCUCUGGUACAAGGACGUCUGAGCGAUGAGCCACCACAAAGAGAGGGACAGUGUGCGUGCGUGGUAUGUGGUAUGUGUGCGUGUGUGUGUUUGUCUCUGUGUGUGUGUUUGUCUGUGUGUUUGUCUGUGUGUGUAUGUGUGUGUGUGCUUGUGCUUGUGCUUGUGGGUUGUAUGUUUGUGUUUUGUGAGACCUUUCGCAACUCUUCAACCGCGUCAUUUGCGUUUGUCAUGGCUUGUGCACCGUGUUGCCUGCGACUGUGGUGUUGCUUGCUUCCAUGUUGUUGCCUGCUUUCUUUUGGAUGAUUUGCCCUCGGGGUUCUGGUUUGUAACUGCAAUUAUAAUCAACGGUGUGUA